UUGCGGAACGAGAAAGUUUGACAGAAAACGAAUGUAAUCGGUUGUCUCUCCAGAGAGCGAUAUAAAGGCUAAACAGAUAAGAUCUUGUUGCGGAAAAACUCAUUCGUUUUAGAAUCAAUUUUUUACGCAGUAGCAUGAUAAUAAGGGGUGAAAUCCUUGAAGCAUAGAUAAUAGUAUUCGCUAUCUGAAGGCAAUGCUAACAGUAUGUUUCUGCUAAAGCUAUAUUCCCAAUGUUAUGGAGGCGUGAAAUUAUAAACAAACAUGGCUGCUGUUGGUAUAUGGGAAAGAUUACCCCCAGAUGAAUUUAAACAAUUGCAAGAAUAUACUAAGUAUUCUAAAAGAAGAUUAAAAGAUGUACUAAGUGAAUUUCGAGAAGGUUUAUAUGAAGAUUACAACACAGAACAGCCAAUGGGUUAUGAUGGUUUUAAAAUAUUUAUGUCAUCUUACCUUGGGGACACUGUGAGUGAUGAGCUAUGUCAGACAUUGUUUUGGACUUUUCAUAAAAAGGUUCCUGCCUCCGAUGCCGCAAACAUAGAACUGCCAAAUGCAUUGCUGAAGAAGUUUUUAGUAGAAAAUGGUAAACUAGACAGUAUUGAUGGAUAUGAUUCUGCAUAUACAAGAAUAGCCAAAGGUGCAAGACGUGCAACUGUUGUUGCUACUGCCACAGUUGUUGCUGGUAUUAACCGUAACGACAGUCCCAGAGGAGAACAUGCUUCUCCAAGGCAAACGAAUUUGAACUCCUCAAUGAGUUCUAAUAAAUCUGCUUUUAAUGACAGUCUCCAGCCAGGUAACCUAAACAAGAAAGCGUUAUCUGAUUUUGAGGUCUCUAAUUGUCACCACGACAACCACAUUAAUCAAGGGCAAAAGAGUCUUUCAUUUGAUGAAUCGACAGGUGAUUUAAAUAACCAGAAGACGUCUGCACAUGAAUUGGCUUAUGUUCCCAUGAUUGAAAUUAAAGAAAUAGCAUGUUAUUUGUCAUUAUUAGAAGGUGGUGAUGUGCAAGAUAAGUUAGAAUUUGUGUUCCGUGUGUAUGAUUGUGAUAUGAACAACUAUCUAGACCAACAGGAACUGGAAUCUAUAGUCUCACAAAUGAUUCGAGUGGCAGAAUAUUUAGGUUGGGACACGUCAGUCUUAAAACCAAUACUCACAGACAUGUUGGCAGAGAUGGAUUUUGAUGCUGAUGGACAGAUUAGUAUGGAAGAAUGGGUGAAGGGAGGGAUGAAUAAUAUUCCUUUUCUUGUAUUGCUUGGCAUGGAUGUUAAAGUUGAUGAAGAAGGUCGACAUCAGUGGCAAAUGAAACAUUUCAAAUCACAAGCAUAUUGUAACAUAUGCCAUUCUACUUUGACUGGAUUUGGUCGAAAACAAGGUCUUCAGUGUAUAUUUUGUCGUUACACUUGCCAUGAAAGGUGUGUUAAUCGUGUUCCAAAUUCUUGUAUACAGACCUACACUGAAACAAAAUCAAAGCGAAAGAAAGUAAGCAUGGACCAUCAUUGGGUGGAAGGGAAUUGUCCUGGAAAAUGCACAAAAUGUAAUAAAAAUAUUAAAAUGAAUUGUUUAACAGGCUUGCACUGUGUUUGGUGUCAAGCUCAGGUUCACAAUAGGUGUGUGAAUGCAAUGCAAACAGAAUGUUCAUUGGGUCCCCACAGGGUUCAUAUAUUACCUCCUAUCUGUAUCACUCCACAGACGAAAAAAGUCAAAGAACAUUCAAAAGUGAAAAAGAACUCUGUUAUAAGUUAUGACGGGAUACCGAUGUUAAUCUCCCCAUUGCCAAACACUCAACCUUUAGUUGUAUUCGUGAAUCCUAAAAGUGGUGGAAGACAGGGUGCAAGACUGUUAAACAAAUUUCGUUACAUUUUGAAUCCAAGACAAGUGUUCAAUUUAGCUGAUAAUGGCCCUUUACCUGGGUUAAAAUUUUUCUCCCAAGUUCCAAACUUUCGUGUGCUCUGCUGUGGCGGAGAUGGUACAGCUGGCUGGAUAUUGUCGACAAUAGAUCGACUAUCAAGCAUAAAACAAAGACCUGCGAUGUCCAUUCUACCACUUGGUACAGGAAAUGAUUUAGCACGCUGUUUAGGCUGGGGAGGAGGUUACGACGGUGGGAGCAUAGAUAAAUGUUUAUGGAAGACUGCAAAUAGUUCAGUUGUUAUGAUGGAUAGGUGGCAAAUAGACUGCGAGGAAACAGAAAAGUCGGAAGAAGGUGAUGUCAUGCCACAGAGUAUAAUGAACAACUACUUUUCUAUCGGCGUGGAUGCGUCAAUAGCUUUAAAGUUUCAUUUGCAACGUGAGAAAAGUCCAGAAAAAUUCAAUAGCAGGUUUAAGAAUAAACUGCGUUAUUUUGAAGCUGGCACAUCAGAGCAACUGGCUGCUUCAUGUAAAGGAUUGCACAACGAUAUUGAAAUAUACUGCGAUGGUAAAAAGUUGGAGUUACCAAGUCUUGAAGGAAUCGCAAUUCUAAAUAUUCCAAGCAUCUACGGUGGUGCGAACAUUUGGGGUGAAACAGAGAAAAAGCGUCGGCGUGGAAUUAGUAGUAAAGAUAGCACGGACCUCAGCACCGUCGCACAGGAUAUGGGUGACAAAAAGAUAGAAGUUGUGGGAUUGGAGAAUAGUUUAUACGUUGGACAAAUCAUUGCUGGUGUUCGACAGCAUGGUUUACGUCUGGCGCAGUGUAGCAGUGUCAUGCUAAAAGUAAAAAGAACUCUACCUAUGCAAGUUGAUGGUGAGCCAUGGAUGCAAGCACCAGCAGAGUUAUCCAUAAGCCAUAAAAACCAGACUCCAAUGUGCGUUGCCCCUGUGCCAACCAGAAGGGGUUUGUUUGGCAGAUUCGGUAAAAAAGAUUACGAAGAAAAAUCUUAAAGUAUCCAUGCUGUUGAGAUAGGUGCUUAGUCUUCUUGGCAGAACUGUCGUUAUCCCGAUAACAAUGUUGAGAAUUAACACAUUUGUAAAUACUUAAUGUAGAUUCAUAAAAGUAGGAAAGUUUGUUAUAAGCAUAUAUGAAUUGUCAGAAACGCUCGCUGUUUAGUACUAAAAAAACGUUUUUUAACUAAAUAAUUUCACUAUUGCCUUGAGCAAGUUUAGAAUGCAAAUAUUCGAAGUGAG